AGUUGAAAGAGAAAGAAAUGGAAAAUUUCGAACACGUGCGUGGCAGGGGCUAUAACGGGCGACGAAGACAAACGACAAAACGCCUACGUUUCAAGGAAACCUAGCCAUUGUAGCGGCGGGAGCCCGAGAAGAAGGGAACGGAGUCGGUCCCGGACCACAAGCGGGAAAUAAAAUUUAAAAUAGUCAAUUACGAUUGAUUUUUAUUCGGAUACAGUCUUCCCAGCCAAAAUUUUUUGAAAAAAAAAAAGCGCUGAAGGAAAGGGAUUUCAUCGCUUCUGCCAUGGCGAGAACCAAGCACACCGCUGCGAAGAAAAGAAAACCAAAGCCAUCUGCAGCUGCCGCAGCGGCCUCAACGUCGACGCCGUCACCGGGAACCAGUCCGGCUCGUGUUCUAAGGACAAGAAAAACUGGAGGACAGGCCACACCGUCUCAAGGAACAUCGAAGAAGCCUCAUCGCUUUAGACCGGGAACUAGGGCUCUUCAAGAGAUUCGGAAAUACCAAAAGAGUUGGAAACCGCUCAUUCCUGCUGCCAGCUUCAUUAGAGAAGUAAGAGCUAUUACCUACCAACUUGCGCCGGAUAUAAAUCGCUGGAAAGCUGAAGCUUUAGUUGCAAUUCAAGAGGCAGCAGAGGAAUAUUUGGUUCAAUUGUUUGGAGAUGCAAUGCUGUGUGCAAUUCAUGCUAAGCGUGUUACACUGAUGAAGAAGGAUAUCCAGUUGGCACGACGACUUGGUGGGAUGGGGCAACCCUGGUGAGAUGUUGCACUAAAACCAACACUAGCUGUCUAUCUAGCUAUUCUCAAAAUGAAAAUAUGAUUGUUCUAUUUGUAUGUAGCAUUGCUAAAAUUUGACUGUCAAAUAGAUUACAGUGUUACUUCAGCAUUUAAUGUUCUUUGAAACCGGGACAGUCUUUAGCUAACAGCUAGGUGUUUCUAAUUAGUAGGAGGAAACUUAACCUUCAUGUUGUAAGAAGCAAUUCAGUUAUCGAAAUUUGCAUGGUCCGUGUGGAAUUUGAGUUU